AUGUCGGUUGCACCAUACGGGAACGAUUUCUAUAAUAGCCAGAUUCAAAAACCACAAAUUACCAAAGAUGGUUUUGAAUACCUCGUUGAUUGCAAAUUUUUCGCACCCGAAGAAAUCUCAGUGAAAGUCAACAACAACAUUGUGUCCAUUUUCGCUCAACAUGAAGAACGGGCACCUGGCUAUCCAAUCAAAUACAUUCGACGAAAGGUCGAUCAACAUUUUAAUUUGCCAGCAGGAUUCUCUGCAGACAAUCUCGUAUCAGGCCUAUCACCAGAAGGAAUUCUUUCAAUAAGAUGCCGUGCAUCACCCAAUACGCCUCAAUAUACUCCCAUCCAAUAUUGA